GGGUCUGUGAGAAUCCUAACUGCGUGGCUGUUGGAUUAAGAAACUGCAGCAUCAGAAAGGGUUUAAUCUAAGAGAAGCAACAGCAGAGAGUGACCUAGUGUCAGUCCUUUUAUUUUGACUGCAAGUACGACUGGGCAACAAGGAUACAUAUAAGAGGAUACAAUAACAAAAGGAAAGCAGAGCUUCUUUGACUGGAGCAGAGAGAUAAAUAAACCAUUGUAGUAUCUGCUGCAGACACCAAACACAGCCAUUAUGACCCAGGGCAAGCUUUCAGUCGCAAACAAAGCUGCUGAAGCAGGAGAGAAGCAGUAUGGCACUUCAAGUGGAGAAGCAGGAGGGCCACCUGCCCCUCCCACCUAUGAGGAGGCCACUGGCACAAGUGAGAAAGCAGGCCUCAGCGGCAGCCCCUGUUACAGUAGGGCUUGUCCUAGUGACGAGGAGAUGCUAACAGAAUUCAGCUGGAGUGAUAAAAACAUCCGGCGGAUCUUUAUCCGCAAGGUUUACUCCAUCUUGAUGAUCCAACUUCUUGUCACUCUUUCCAUAGUGGCUCUCUUCACAUUCUGUGAACCAGUGAAGAUCUACAUUCAGUCCAACCCUGGAUGGUACUGGGCUUCUUAUGCUGUAUUCUUUGUCAUAUACAUUACACUCGUCUGCUGUCCUGGACCAAGGAGACAGUUUCCAUGGAAUCUGAUCCUGCUCGCCGUCUUUACCCUCUCUCUCUCCUAUAUGACAGGGAUGCUAUCCAGUUACUAUAACACCAAGUCAGUGGUGAUGUGUCUGGGUAUUACUGCUAUGGUCUGUCUUACGGUCACUCUUGUCAGCUUCCAAACUAAGUUUGACGUGACCUCAUGCCAAGGCGUAUUGUUUACCUUCUGCAUGGUCAUGAUGGUGUCUGGACUGGUCUUGGCCAUCGCCCUGCCCUACGGAUAUGUGCCCUGGGUGCAUGGUGUCUAUGGUGUCUUGGGAGCGUUACUGUUUACCAUGUUUUUGGCGUUUGACACACAGCUACUGAUGGGGAACAAGCGCUACACAAUAAGUCCAGAGGAAUACGUCUUUGCCACUCUCAACAUCUACCUAGAUAUUAUCUACAUCUUCUCCUUCUUCCUGUCCCUGUUCGGAACAGAGAGAACAAACUGAAUCCACAUCCAGGCCAGCAUCGCAGAUCACCAUCUACACAGGAUCCGUAUUCAUAGUCUCAAACUGCAUUUACACAUGUAGCCAAAUUCAGAUAAUUAUUUCACUAAUUGCUAUUUUGACCAAUCAGAUCAGCUCAAAAAAAUGUCUGAUGUGAAAAGAUCAGAUGUGAUUGGUCAAAAUACUAAUUAGUGGAGAAAGGUCUGAAUUGGGCUGCAGCCUCAGAGUAGUAGUGUUGAUCAAGGAUUUGCCAUUUAGAUCAUCAAAUCAAAUGUAUUUAUAUAGCCCUUCUUACAUCAGCUGAUAUCUCAAAGUGCUGUACAGAAACACAGCCUAAAACCCCAAACAGCUAGCAAUGCAGGUGUAGAAGCACGGUGGCUAGGAAAAACUCCCUAGAAAGGCCAAAAUCUAGUAAGAAACCUAGAGAGGAACCAGGCUAUGAGGGGUGGCCAGUCCUCUUCUGGCUGUGCCGGGUGGAUAUAACAGAACAUGGCCAAGAUGUUCUAUUGUUCAUAAAUGACCAGCAUGGUCAAAUAAUAAUAAUCACAGUAGUUGUCGAGGGUGCAACAAGUCAGCACCUCAGGAGUAAAUGUCAGUUGGCUUUUCAUAGCCGAUCAUUAAGAGUAUCUCUACCGCUUCUGCUGUCCAGAGAGUUGAAAACAGCAGGUCUGGGACAGGUAGCACGUCCGGGGAACAGGUCAGGGUUCCAUAGCCGCAGGCAGAACAGUUGAAACUGGAGCAGCAGCACGGCAAGGUAAACUGGGGACAGCAAGGAGUCAUCAUGCCAGGUAGUCCUGAGGCAUGGUCCUAGGGCUCAGGUCCUCCGAGAGAGAGAAAGAAAGAGAGAAUUAGAGAGAGCAUACUCAAAUUCACACAGGACACCAGAUAAGGCAGGAUAAGUAUUCCAGAUAUAACAGACUGACCCUAGCCCCCCGACACAUAAACUACUGCAGCAUAAAUACUGGAGGCUGAGACAGGAGGGGGUCAGGAGACACUGUGGCCCAAUCCGAUGAUACCCCCGGACAGGGCAAAACAGGCAGGAUUUAACCCCAUCCACUUUGCCAAAUCACAGCCCCCACACCACUAGAGGGAUAUCUUCAACCACUAGAGGGAUAUCUUCAACCACCAUCCUGAGACAAGGCUGAGUAUAGCCCACAAAGUAUCAUAGUAUUAUAUACAGGGGGAUCUGAUCCUAGAUCAGCACUAUCAGCUAUAAAUGCAGGCUCUGAUCUCACCAUCAUUAUGUACUGUACAAAACCCAUUGAUCCUUGAUCCACCACCUCCUCCCACAGUCUCUGCCCCCUCUAGCAUGAUAUGGACCUAUACUACUGUACCAGUAUUGAGUUUUUAGCUUGUCUAUUAAGCUGUUGAUCUCAGCACUAAUGUACAGCAGUUUUCACCCAUAGGGCCACAGAUCUAUAGAUUUACAUUGCUCGCAGUAGACAGAUGUGAAAGAAAAAAUAACAUGCAAAAAUACUGAGUCUAAAAUCUAUAACUGACCGUAGGUGUUUGUGUCAUGCAGAUGUGAUGUAAUUGUUUUCUCCUAUCUUUUAACAACAACAGUCAUCUAUGACACUGUUCUAAAGGGGAUCCCCUCUUAUCACUCCUGAACACAUGAAUAUCAGAAUCACCUUUAUUCGCCAACUACAUUUAAAUAUACAUUUAAAUAUACCCUGAUUCAGUAAAAUGGUGGUGAAAAGUCUCCUUUCCGAUUGGCUUGAAGGGCAUUCUAGAGUGUGCAUUAUUUCCCUAUAAUGCACAGUAUAUUUGCAUGGUAGAAUUCAAUGGCUAUAUUUAAUUUUACAUGUUUUGUUUGAGCUGCUUUUUAAAGCAAAAGUCGAAAUGAAAACAGUAUUGCUAUUGUUGAAUUUGAUUUUCAUAACUAAUACUAAUGGUUUGAGCGUUCUCUGGCACUCCAGGAUGGAAUUCCUUUUGAGUCUUUGCAUGUCAAAAAAGAUACACGUCAAAGGUGUCAAAUAAUACUAUUGCAUUGGUGCUAGCUAGGUACCAAGCUAAAGCUAGCUAGCUACCCCAGAAGUUGCUAAUAACAGCUGUAUCAAAGAUAUUUGCAAACAUUUUUGAUUCUAAUCUCACACAGACGUUUUCCCAUUCGGUCGAACAAACAAUGACUUAUUACCAACUCAGUAUUGUACAGCUUUGACAGUGAUCGUAAUGGUGGCGCUUGGCUUGCACGUGCAAAUUCAGCACACACAACAUUCCAUAAUGGAAUUGUGUUAUUUGAAGUGUCAAAUUAAAAGCUUAUUUGACCAUGUAUAUUUUUUGACACAUAAAGACCCAAAUGGCGUUCCAUACUCCAGAGUGAAUUUACAAACACACCCUACAUCAGUGUUAUUACAUUUACAUUUAACCUUUAUUUAACUAAGCAAGUUAGUUAAGAACAAAUUCUUAUCUACAAUGACGGCAUACCCUGGCCAAACCCAGACAACGCUGAGACAAUUGUGCGCCGCCCUAUGGGACUCCCAAUCACGGCCAGAUGUGAUACAGCCUGGAUACUGGUACUCAAAGCUCUUUACAUAGUAGAGAGGAACCAGAGACUGUCGUGGCACCUCUUACACUGAGAUGCAGUGCCUUAGACCACUGCGCCACUUGGGAGCACAUCGAGUACAGAUGUAGGAUCUUAAUUUGAUCACUCUGUUGCAGGAGAACUUUCCGGCAAUGCAGAAAAUGUAAAACUUGUAGUGUGUUUAAGUUUUAAAAUGUAUUUGGGAGUUUGUCAUUUGAAAAUUAAUGUCCAUUAAUUAUAAUCCUCAUCAUAAUUCACAUUUCCUGUUGCUGCAUGAUUAUUUUACUGCUGCAGCAAACUGGCACCUGUGCACAGUAUGUCUGUGGUUUGUUGUUUUUCUAAUGCCUGUCCUCCGAUCUGUCAGCUCUUAGCCUACUGGUUUAAAUCUCAAACGAACAUAAGAUCCAGAGUAUGCAGGCAAUUGAAUCCAAUUCUGAAUAAAUUUGCAUGUGGGCUAA